CUCAGGAGUGUGAAGAGAGAAAUGGCCACUGACAGGGUCCAUGCUGCUUUACCUGACCCUCCCAGUCAGAAUGAAGAGGACAACAGAGAAGAGGAGAAAGUGUUUGGAAAUAUUUUUGCAGAGUUAGAAUCUGUGGACUUGCCCCUAGGAACAACCUUAAGGUCUAUUUACGAUGACCAGCCCCAUGCCCACAAGCGCUUCAUGGAAAAGCUGGAUGCCAGGAUAAGGAACCAUGACCGAGAAAUUGAGAAAAUGUGCAAUUUCCACCACCAAGGCUUUGUGGACGCCAUCACAGAGCUCCUCAAAGUCCGCACUGAUGCAGAGAAGCUGAUGGGUCAAGUGACAGACACUAAUCGAAGACUACAAGAAGCUGGGAGGGAGGUGACAGCUCAGACACAGGAGGUGAUCUGCUGUCGGAUCCAGCAGAGGAACAUGGCCACGACUGUUGAGAAGCUCCAGCUCUGUAUACCAGUGCUAGAAAUGUACAGCAAACUGAAGGAGCAGCUGGAAACCAAAAGAUACUAUGCUGCGUUGAAAACCAUGGAGCAGCUGGAGAAGGUCUUCAUCCCCAGAGUCAGCCAGUACAGGUUCUGUCAAAUCAUGGCUGAAAACCUCCCCAGACUGAGAGAGGAGAUCAAGGAGAUCUCAAUGUCAGACCUCAAGGACUUCCUGGAGAGCAUCCGAAAACACUCAGACAAGGUUGGAGAGACUGCCAUGAGACAGGCACAGCACCACAGGACCUUUAACAGAGCCGUAACAAAGCAGGCCAGUAUCGGUCACUACACCAAGCCUGUGUACUCCUUUAAUGGACGAACACACACUCACAAUGGCCUGAUGAUGGAUGACGACACAGGAGAUGAGGAUGAAGCAGAUGAAGAGGUUCUUACAGCUCAGGACCUUGUGGACUUCUCACCUGUUUACAGAUGUUUACACAUAUACACUGUGCUGGGUGAUCGAGAAACAUUUGAAAACUACUACAGGAAACAGAGGAAAAAACAGGCCAGGCUAGUGCUGCAGCCACAGGCUAACAUGCAUGAGACAGUGGAAGGCUACAGAAGAUACUUCAAUCAGAUUGUAGGGUUCUUUGUUGUGGAGGAUCAUAUCCUCCAUGCCACACAUGGGCUGGUGACUAGAGCUUUCACUGAUGAACUGUGGAACAUGGCCCUGUCUAAGAUCAUCGCUGUGCUCCGCACACACUCUUCUUACUGUGAUGACCCAGACCUGGUCCUGGAACUGAAGAACCUCAUAGUGAUCUUCGCUGACACACUACAGGAUUAUGGUUUCCCAGUGAACCGCCUGUUUGACCUACUUUUCGAGGUCAGAGACCAGUACAAUGAAACUUUGCUGAAGAAGUGGGCGCUGGUUUUCAGGGAGAUCUUUGAGUUGGAUAACUACAGUCCCAUCCCAGUGGAGACAGAGGAUGAGUAUAAACUGGUUAUCAGUCGCUUUCCCUUCCAUGAUGCCGAGAUAGAGAAGCAGGACUUUCCGAAGAAGCUGCCAAUGUCCCAGUCUGUCCCUCAGAUCUACACACAGGUCAAAGAGUUCAUUUACGCCAGCCUCAAGUUCUCGGAGUCACUACACCGCAGUUCAACAGAGAUUGAUGACAUGCUGCGGAAAUCCACCAACCUGCUGCUGACAAGAACACUCAGCAGCUGUCUGCAAAACCUCAUCAAGAAACCUCACAUAGGACUGACUGAGCUGGUGCAGAUCAUCAUUAAUACCACCCACCUGGAGCAGGCCUGCAGGUAUUUGGAGGAGUUUAUAACAAACAUCACCAAUGUCUCCCCUGAAACGGUACACACCACAAGACUCUAUGGCUUAUCCACAUUUAAGGAUGCUCGUCAUGCUGCAGAGGGAGAGAUCUAUACCAAACUCAACCAGAAAAUUGAUGAGUUUAUCCAGCUUGCAGACUAUGAAUGGGGCAUGACUGAGUCAGAUGGCCGUGCAUCCGGAUACCUCAUGGAUCUGAUCAACUUCCUGCGGUCCACCUUCCAGGUCUUCACACACCUUCCAAAUAACAACAAUGACCAUGCCUCGAUGUCGGGUAAAGUGGCCCAGACAGCUUGUAUGUCAGCCUGUAAGCAUCUGUCCACAUCACUGAUGCAAAUGCUGCUGGACACGGAACUCAAACAGAUCAGUAUGGGAGCCAUUCAGCAAUUCAACCUAGAUGUCAUUCAGUGUGAAUUGUUUGCCAGCUCUGAGCCCGUCCCUGGUUUCCAAGGAGACACACUCCAGCUGGCCUUCAUCGACCUACGACAGCUCUUGGACCUGUUCAUGGUGUGGGACUGGUCAACCUAUCUGGCAGAUUAUGGCCAGCCAACCUCCAAAUACCUGAGAGUGAAUCCAGCCACUGCCCUGGCUCUACUUGAGAAAGUCUACAGGGGGAUGAAGGACACCAGUAAGAAGAACAACAUUUUCUCUCAGUUCAGGAAGAACGACAGAGACAAACAGAAGCUGAUAGAGACUGUGGUCAAACAGCUGAGGAGCCUGGUCAACGGAAUGUCCUCAUGAACACACACGCACAUAUUGCUGUCACAGAGAGUGGAUGAAGCAUGCAUGCAAACACACACACACACACACACACACACACACACACACACAUAUAACGGAACAGCAAUACACACUGUACAAGGCAUGCAGGGAAAUUAAGCAGACACAGGAUCUGUAUGAAGUCAUGUCCUCCCCGUACUGUUUAACUAGAUUGAAUAUCCAAUGUAAAUAACACACACACACACACACACUUAACAGUUUUAUUGUACUGAACAGUAAAAAUGUUUGUAGUAUUUUCAUGAUGAUGAUAAGACAAGCUAUGUUUGUACAUUUGUGAGAGUGCUAUGAUUGCAGCUGCAGAGGGAGACUGAUACAGCACAGGAAGUGACACUCCUAAGUACUGGCACAAUGAGGUUAAAGGUCAACAACACUUUCUGCCCCUCACGUGAAUGGGAUGAACCAUUUCCUGUAGAUACAUUUAUUAACACUUGUGCUAUAAACAAAAUAACAGUACCUCUCUUCUAGAUGGAUGGUGUCUGGAACACAUUGUUUAGCUUUUUAGUUGGAGGAAAUCAUUGUUAAUCUAGAGAGAUGGACUUUACAGAUGACUGUAAUCUAGAUUCCCUCGUCUUAAAUUAUUUAAUUUACUGUCUGGAGAAAAUUCAGAUGCUUAAAGACCUGUACAGAUUUUGAGUGUAACGUUAAACAUUUUUAUUUUCCAUUUCAAACACACCUCUCGACAACAAUUGGCUCAAGUAAUCGUCUUGCUUGAUGUUAAGACUUAUCGGCCCCCCUCUGACGAAUUCUUACCCAUAACACCAUUCUCUCUGUAAACGCGCAGACUAAUUGACAUGGAUCAUUUUAUUCUGAAUAGUCACAUAAACUCCCAGCACAAUCGUCAUCAGUAAGAAGCACGCUUGUGAAGCUUGGGAAAGUUUCUGGUGUGACCACAUGUGCUGCAGAUUCUGCUGAAAAAUCUCACUGCUUCCACAUGGUUUUCACCUGCUGUCUAUGCCCACAGAAUUAUGGGUAUGGGACUGUAGCCUUAGAUGGCUCUGACCAAGUUAAGCUCAUUGUCCCAAUACCUGAACUCUUGUUACUGCAUGUGUGUGUACGUGCGUGUGUGUGUGUGUGUGUGUUUGUGCGUGCGGUCGUGUGCGUGUGUGACAUGCUGAGGUCAUGGAUUGGUGGAAGAAUAGAGGAGUGGAUGAUGACGUCUUGAAAGACUGAUGUUCAUGAAAAGAGUGAAAUGUUGUCUUUUCUCAUUUGUAGCUUUGUUUUCUGUCUCAUUUUCUUCAUCCUCAUAUUGUACAUGUAAACUUUGCAGACAGAGCCUCACAGUGAUUCAACAUGGACGAGUUUGUGAGUGUGAGUCUUUGACUCCCAGAUUGAAGUUUGAGACGUCACAUGUUUUCUGCUUGGAAAUAAGGGUGUUUAGUGAUUUGGCCCAAUAUGUGUGUAGAAGUUGGAUCACAUAACAUAACACCUGAACCAACUAAUGCAAUUCAUGCAGACAUAGGUCAGAACAUUUCAAAUUGUUCUAAUGGAUUAUAUUAGAUUGUAAACAUGGACACAUCUAGGUUUAUAAAGGAAAGGCUCCAUGGAGCCCACAAUGGUUUUGGGUUAAAGUGUCAAAGUGUGGACAGCAUGCAGCCAUCCUAACAAAGGUGUGUGAUGACAUCACAUGAGAAGUAUGCGUCUGUCACAGCAUACUGGCACCUGGUAUUAAAAUGCAGUCUGUAUCUGGCUGCACAGCUUGCUCCAAAAGUCUGGUCCCACUGUGUAACAUGUAAAGAAAUAGACAGAGCAGUGAGACCUCAGCCUCUGUUAUUAUUCAGUAUAAUCUGUUGUGUAGUUUAUCUGACAGCAGCGCCAGAGAGGUUAUAUCUUCACCCUUGUCUGAUUGAUUGUACGCAAAGACUACAGGACCGAUUACCAUAAAACUUGUUUGAAGGAUGUGUUAUGAGUCAGGGAAGAACCCAUUCAAUUUUGUUGCAGAUUUGGAUCGGGGUGGAUCCAGGAUUUUCUUAAACUUUCUAUAACUUGGCGAGAUAGGGCGAUUUUUAACAUUUUCACCAUCUUCCCAGAGAAUAAUUCAUGGAUCUUGAUGGAAAAAAUGUUUAUUUCUAUGACUGUGUGCAAUUUGGUGCGGCUUGAUUGAAUUUAAGGGAACUGUUGGCCCUUUGUGGAAGUAUGCGAUUCUAGUUAACCUAUGUUUUCAUUCAUUUCAUAAGACAGUUGUGUCAAAAUAAGUUUCUAGUAUGCAUUUCAUUUGAGAGAGAGAGAGAGGGCUCACAGUAUCCCUUCAGGAGACUGGAGCAACCACGUGACAGUCUUAUUAGCCAAGCCAGGAAUAAUGCUAAUGACCGUCUCUACUGGCUGUGAUUACAUUUCUUUAGCUCAAAUUUAACCACGUCUUCAAGGGACCAGCUCGGAAUAAAGAUGAGAAAAUCUUUUUACAGAUGUAACCGACCGUUAGCUGUACUCAUUGAUUGCAGCUCGAGCUUUGUUGGGCGACUCAGUUGUGAGGGGGGUUUCCUGUGGCAGGUGACAGUGCAUGCCCUCUUCCUCCCUCGGUAAAUCCUUCAGUUGUACAGUGAAGGGCAUUAUUUAUGCGAAGUUAACAGCUGUCCACCCAAAUGAUUUGAUUCACACUUGUAUUAAUUAACUUAUAUAUUUAACAGUUUCACGUUCUAAAUUCUUUCUUUUUGUUCCUCAGGGUGAAAAUAAGCUUUAGAAUAAAAUAACCCACAGACAUCCACAAAGCACAGCAAUAAUAAUUGGUUCCUUUACAGCCUCACAGGCACGUUGAGUAAUUAAUUAAAACUUGCACAGGACUCCUGAUAAAAUCAUUUUGUAAUGAGACUGUUUCUAUUCUGUUUAUGUUUCGGGUCUGUGCUCUACUUUUAGCAUUUUUGCACUGAAGCUGAUGAUUAUUUUUAUUUUUAUUUUCUUUUUCUUUUGCCUUUUUAAUAGUUGCUUGUAAAUGCCACUGUAUAUACUGCAUAUUUUGUAAAGAAACUAUUACAGCAGGUUGUCUGCAACAAACUGAACUGGAGGUUGACACUGUGAUAUGCCCCUCGGUCAACACCUACAGUAAAUAUGUAAUUAAUAAGAUUCUGAAUUUGCUUUGUUUGCUUACCUGGUGAACACGGUUGAGUGCAGUAUGAGGAGCUCAGUGACUCAUGUUGGUACCUUCUCUCCAUUCAACACAGGCAGACAUCCAAACUAGAGUGUGGUUACAGAUCAGUUUUUGUGGCAGGGAUUCUGUGCAAACGCCUCCUCUCCGGUUCUCCUUGCUGGAGGCCUGUGUCAUUCAGUUCUCCAUCUCCGGCAGGUAUUCAUGCCCAGUUUAACAUAAAUUCUCUUAUAAUAGCCAAUACUCGAAUUACAGUCAAGUCUGAAAUGAAAGCAGGACUAGUCUAAACAAAUACAAGCUCGCUAAAGAACGUUGAGGAUAGGUGUAAUACCUGUACUCUGAAUUUCCACAGCGUAAGCUAAAACAGGAGACACCUCAUAUUCAAUACAACCCAGUCUCCAAGAAAUCCUGUGUACAGUAUGUGCUACUAAUUACCGGAGGCCAGGACUCUUGACUGUGGGUCCUGAUGCACUUCGGUUUCGGUUAUGGACAAACAAAAACCAAUCACCAAAGUUUUACCACAAACAAAUAAAAUUUAAUGUUUUACUGAUUUGUACAGUUCAACAUUUUGUGGUUUGCUCAAUACAUUGACAAUAUGCCCUCAUUAUAUUAAUAGAAAUCGCAAUUGCAAAUAAUUUGAAUACAAAUACAAUUUUAGCAGGAGACAUGGUUGUAAAAAUGAUCAAAUACUUAGUAAAUAGUGAAACUGUACAGGGUCACUGCUCUCUCUACCUGAGGAAAAUAUUUAACAAAUAAAUCUAUGUUGAUUUAUAUAAUAUAUAAUGUGUCACAUAAUAUCCUGCUCACUUGAACAGAGCCUUUACUAGUUCAAAUAUACUAGUAUAAUGGCACAAAUCAAGUUUUUACAUGAUGUAUGUUAGUGAUUCUUUGAAUUCAGAUAAAAGGUGGGACAGUUGUUCUUGCCUUAACAGAGAUGGAGAGUGGGUGGAGAGAGGGUACAUGUUAACAGCUUUACCUUUGUUGUUCUCAGUGAGACGCCCUGACUGAGAUGUUGUUUUCCUACGUUUGUCGUUUUUAUUUUGUGUGCUGUAAUAAAAACAUAUUCAACAGGAAUGUCUGA